GAAGCCUGAAUUUGGAAAAUCCUUACCAUCCAUUUAUUAAAUGCAUUCAUUUCCAUUGACAAAUAUAUAUAGAGAAAGACCCUUUUUCCCAUUCUCUGGAGGAAUUGCACUGCUCAAUAACAAAAGAGGGGUCAAAAACUUUUCACAAAUUACUCCUUCACAAGAAUCAAACAACAAGCAAGUGAUGGGUCUGGGAAGAUUGAUGGUGACUCUGAAAUCUAAGAUAAGGUCUUUGAAGAUUAUGAAGAAGCCUGAUUAUGAUAAGGUGGAGAAGAGUGAGAGCAUGAGAAUGGAGAUUAGGAGCAGGAAGGCCAGAAAGCUCAUUGAAGAGACCCUCAAAGUGGCUGAUUCACCAAAGUCCAAAGCUUUUGCUUUCUGAUAUAUAUAUAUAAAUAUAUGCUUCAUUUGUACUCAGAUUAUUUAGUAUCAUUAUUAUUUGUUCAAUGUUUUCUCUUCAAUUUUGGUUCAUGCACCAUAUGUAGUUUCAAUGACAUGUAUGUUUAUCUUUGUUCUUGAGGUCUCUGUCUCUGCUCCUUUCCAUCAACCACAUCCACCAAAAACCAAGUUUGAGUAACAUUUGUGGUGAAUAUACUUCUGGAAUUA